UCCAUCUGCUGCCAACCUUCCAAUUUGGCAAUGUUGAUGAUAAAAUGGAAAACUGGAAGUUUGUAGAUACGGAGAUGCUCGAAUCUCUGCCACCAGAUUCUGCAGAGCAACAGGAAUAUAUCACGUCGAUACAAGAUGAGGAUGGAUACAACUGGGGCUAUAAUCCUGUUCUUUGGGGAGUUCCUAAAGGAAGUUAUGCAACCAACCCUGAUGGUCCAUCACGUAUAAUAGAGUUCCGGAAGAUGGUUCAUGUUGUUAUUUAUAAAAUUAUAUCUCUCCGUUGCAAUUAUAAAAUAUAAUCCUUUUAUUGGCUG